GGGCACCCCGCGGGCUCCGAGGUGGAGGCGGCGCGCGCGGGGGACGGAGCGCACACAACGGAGGAGGCGCGCACCGCGAAGCGCGAGAGGAGCGAGCGAGGCGCCCGGGGGUCGCUCGCGGUAGCCACAAGCAACGGGGGUGGGGGGGCCGAAGCCACAGUAGCCAACGGCAGCGGCGGUUGGGUCGCAAGCACGGGGUUAUAUCGACAACCAUCUUCGACGGCCAAUAUCGCGCCGUGGCUUCCUCUACAAUCGUCCGAGAGUGACACCGACAGAAGAGAGCGCAUCAUCAUCAACAACAACAACAAACAUCAUCAUCAUCAGCUCCAACAACAACAGCCGACGCAACAGCCGCAGCAAACGACACCAUCACCACCACCACCACCAAGUGUGUGGAAGGGUGAUUGAUGGCAGCCACUGCCAGUAACCCAUAUCUUCCCGGCGGUAGCUCCGGCGGUGGUGGGGUUAUGUCGGGAGCCGAGCAAACGCACCCCGCCUACCGCGAGCACGCCAAGCUCCUGCCCGCCGCCGAGUACCUGGGCACGAACGGCCACCUGCCGCCCUUCAGUCCGCAGUGGCUCACGGCCCUGCAACAUCACGCGGCCUCGGAGAGCAUGGGCCACCAUCACCACCACCAUCACCACCACCAGCCUCCGUCGCAGGGCGUCGGUUCGUCGCAUCACUCGUGGGCCGGCGGCAGUCCGCUCGCCCAUCAGGACACGCCGAAGGUGGAAGAUAUGCAGCAGCAGCAACAGCAGCAGCAGCAGAAUCAUCAUCAGCAGCAGCAUCAGCAACAGCAGCAGCAGCAGGAUCAGCAGCGACACUCUCCACACGGCGUGUGGGGUCCGAACCCAACGGCGGCCACUCUGCUGCAGUCACCCCCGGGUCAGCAGCCCCAUCACCACCAGCAGCAGCAGCAGCACCACCACCAUCACCACCAUCACCAGAGCGCACUCGCCUACUCGCCGCCGCCCUACGGGCACGCGGGCGCCUCGGGCCUCCUGCCCCUGGGGCUCUCCCCGCUCCACGGGGGGUCUCCACAGCCCGGGCAGGACGGCCCCGGUGUUGGUGGUGGAGGAGGAGGAGGAGGGGGAGGCAGCAUCUCGGACACGGAGCUUGAGGAGCCUGCGCCGCCCACCUCGGAUGACCUCGAGCAAUUCGCCAAGGAGUUCAAGCAGAGGCGGAUCAAGCUGGGCUUCACGCAGGCCGACGUGGGCCUGGCGCUGGGCACCCUGUACGGCAACGUCUUCUCGCAGACGACCAUCUGCCGCUUCGAGGCGCUGCAGCUGAGCUUCAAGAACAUGUGCAAGCUCAAGCCGCUGCUCAGCAAGUGGCUGGAGGAGGCCGACUCGGCCAACGGCUGCGCGGGCGGCGCCUGCGGCCUCGAUAAGAUGGCAGCGCAGGGUCGCAAGCGCAAGAAGAGGACCUCGAUCGAGGUGGCGGUGAAGGGGGCCCUGGAGAAGCACUUCCUGCAGAGCCCCAAGCCCUCGGCGCAGGAGAUAACGGCCAUAGCCGAGGCGCUGCAGCUCGAGAAGGAGGUGGUGCGCGUGUGGUUCUGCAACCGACGCCAAAAGGAGAAGCGGAUGACCGUGCAGGGAGUAGGAGGCCCUGAGGAUCAGGGUUUGCAGGGCUCCAUGGCUGGAGGGUGCAACAGUCCGAGCCACCAUGCCCACCACGCGCUGUGAUGUGGGAUCCGUGCAGGGAGUGGAGAGGGGGGUGGGGGGCAGUGAGACACCCCCCCCCUCCUCCUCCUCCUGUUUGUCUCGGUGUGUGAGGAGCCGUGGCAGAGCGCGGGACUCGUGCGUGUGUUCGAGGAGACGCGGCGGAGAGAAGGGGGACACGCGGCUGCGACUUUCGCACCAUCGCCAUCAGCACCAUCACUAUAUACGACCACUGUCACCAUCACCGCCAGUACUACGACUGCCACCAUCACCAGUAUAUGCUACCACUGUCACCAGUAACACCAUCAGCAGCACCGUCACCUCACACCGUCGGCACUACCAGCAGCAGCACCACCAGCAGCUGCAGCUGCAGAAACACCAACAUUACAGGCAGAUUCAUCACCAACACCAUCGUCAAAUUCUCCACCACUACCAACGUUAAAAAACACCCUUCACCACCACCACUACAAUUGGAAAAUUCGCCACCAACAUCAUCUCGAGCACGACCACAACCACCACGGCUUUCAAUGCUGCUGCGAAUAGCAUCAGUUGGAUUUCAUCAUCAGCAUCGUCGGCUUCAUUGGUGAGGUCGACAUCUUCUUUGUCAUCAUCAUCAGCAGCAUCAUCAGCAGCCACAUGAUCAUCAUCAUCAGCACCUUCAUUGUCAACAGCAGCUGCAGCACCGUAAUCGUAACCUUCGGUUCAAUUAUUGGCAUCAUCAUCAUCAGCGGCAGCACUAAGGUGCUCAUCAUCCUGACCAACCAUUAUCAUCAUCAUCAUAAAGACCAGCACCGCAAUCAUCAUCUUCAUCACCACGACUACCAAAAUCGGCAUCAUCAACAGCAUUGGCAUCAUCCGUACCAUUCUCAUCAGCAGCAACAGCAGCAUCUCAACACGAAUGAGAAAAUUACGAAUCCGAGAAAAAUCACGCGCGGCCGCAAACCUCCAUCGCGCGCAGGUGAACUGAGCGAACAAGCUGACUGCGGCGUUGAUUUGACGCGGCGAAGUGCAUGGGAGAGGGAAGUCUCCGCUUAAGAAACCCCCUUUACGAUAUCUGUGGUGGAUAGCAAAGGGGAGAAGACAUCCGUGUGGAUAGCAGCGAGAGGAGACUUGUGUGACUUGAUGGCGGUGUGGUUGAUGGUCACUUUGCGACGCUCCCAGCAUCAUCGCAAGCCGAGUCGUAGCCGCUGUACGUGCCAACAGCAUUGUGAGAACACCGUCACCAGCAGCAGCAUCAUCAUCAUCAGACAACCGUGAUCACUUUACAUCAGCUGUCAACGCGUAGAGCAGCGGUAACUUCAAUUUUUACCAUCACGCGUCAACAUCACCAACAUGAUCACCACCACCACCACAAAUAACGCCAUCGCCGUCGUUACUUUGUUGUCGCUGUGAAACAGCGACACAACAACAACACGCGUAGCAACUCCGACGUGGACAACAUCACCGACGUAACACACGCACACGUAAUGACAACACGGAACCACGCAUGUGACACGAGACACAACGGCCAUAACACGACCACGAGUCCCACCGCCACCGUCCGACACGAACACAACGGCAGCCGCACAAGCCGUCAACGCCACAUCAACACAACCACGACACACGUUGACACAACCGACACAAACAAAAUCGCACGGCACACAACCACGCGUGAACAACACGGCCACUCACCACCGCAUCCCAUGCUUUUGAGACACGAGUUCAGUCGGGGCACAAUUAUGUCAUAAAAUUAUUUUUUAGCUCCUUAUUUGCGUAAUUAUUUUGGGGUGGCAGCUUUUGUGUGUGUGUGUCUAUGCCAAGUGGAAUAUUUGACAUCCCGCCGUCAUAAUGUUGCAUACAUACACAUAAUAGACGUGUGUGUGUGUAGUAGUAGGCAGGGCCUGUGUGUUGUGUAAUGUGUAUGUGUGUACGUGGCACAGUGUAAUACUGUAGAUGUGUGUAGGCACCCGUGUGUAUGUGCACGCAUUGUGCACGAACAACGCAAAAGGGAGGCGAUGCUGCAGUGCCGUUAGCACGACACCCAAACAAAAAUAAUAAUCAAGAGUUCGAAUCCUGGUCACGGAUAACAUCGGUGGCGAAGUUAAUUUCUGAGCGCGUCUUUGGGGGGCGCUUCGCCUUCAAAGAUCCGCACUCACGAUCCUGGUGAUGUGCGGCGAACAACAAAAAUCACGUUCGCCGAUAUGGCUCAGAAUGGGGUGGGUAGGGUGGGUCUUCAUCCAGCAGUGGAUUUGCAAAGGCCCCUGUGCAUUGGACUACGAUGGCACAUUGUGUCGCGUCCGAUGUUCAUCACGCGGUGUCGAGCAUCCAUAUAUAAGAGAUUACGUACUGGGCUAUAUGUGUACAUGCGUGUGUGUGUGUUGUGUAUGUACACGUUAUGCACACACACGUGUACUCAUUGCGUGUAUGUAUGUUAAUAGGUAAUGCGCACACGUGUACUGUACUAUUACAUGUAUGUGUACCUGUAAUUUGCGUCGGUAACGCUUCGUGUAUUUUUACAUAUAGACGAAAUGUGUACAUGUGCGCACAGCGUGUAUAUGUGCAAAUACACAGUCGGCCCACGUACUGUGUAUAUGUACCAAUACACAGUCGAAUUAAAAUGUGUGUAUGUACACACUACUUUCUAUGUACAAAUACUAUUUGUGCAUGCAUGGUGUGUCCGUACACAUGCUAUAUGCUGUGUGUAUGCAGUGCAUACAAUAUACGCGCACGUGUUCGCGAUUACAUAUGUACGUACACACGUGCAAUGUACAUGUGUGCGUGUGAGGUGUGUGUGUGUAUUGGGAUACAUAUUAGCGGGAUGUCAAAUAAUUAAAAUGCUCCGUUAUUAACACAAGCGAAUACAAAUGCACGUUGCAUAUGCACAUACACAUUUAGCAAGCAUUCUCACGUACGCUUAUUACAACGGCAUAUGCAUCUGUACGUACACGUGGGCGCAUAUGUAUCCAUAUGUGCAUACACACACUGAUACAGGUACAUACGCAUGCAUGUACACUUGGAUACGUCCUGUUUCACAUACGUGGACGCACAGAUACCUGUGGACGGAUGUACACGGACAUUCAGUACAUGUACACGCAUGUAAUAUGCAUACGUGACCGUACAUAAUUUAAAUACUUGCAUAUUGCUAUAACGCGUGUACACACCACACGAUGGCUUCCACACGCACAAAUACACGAUUAUACAAAUGUGCAUACGUAACUAAUUACGCAGCGUAUGCAUACAUAGAUAUAUACAGAAACGGAUGUACACGCAUAUACCAAAAAGAAAAAUACACAGGUACAGACGUA